AUGCCAUUGGGGUCGUCUCAUAUGAUGAAGACGACCAAGCGUGGCAGGCCAUUCCUGAAGGACACGCUGGACCUCUUCGCAACCCUCAUCGUGUCGUUGGAACUCACGUCGAACAAGCAGUUCUUCAGGACCUUCCACAAUUCGUUCACGACUGAUGACGCAGCGAGGAACCUCGCGUCGCUCAAGUUCUCGCAGUCAAAUCGUGGGCCGGAUCCGCGCGAACCGUCCCGGAUAGUGACGACGACUACGACCACCACCUUUUCCAUGACGAGAGAAAUGGCCAAGGCGAUGUGCCAACAGUUCAUGGACGCCCGUCUCAUCGAAAACGCAGCAGAUCCCGGCUCGAACUUGUUCAAGGACCGCGGUGUCUACGUUCUGACACCAAAGGGCCUUCAUGUGCUGGAGCGGUUCAUGAGCAAGAACGGCAUCAACGGCGACCACCUCGCGCCUGUCUUUGCUGGCCAACCAAUCUGCAUGAAGCUGCUACACCUCGAGCGGCGGUCUGUCGACGACGAGAUCAUCGUCUCACAUUCCGUCAUCACUGCGCUGUUCCGUCGGUUUGUUGGUCGCAAGCCCAACUACCCUCCCGAUAACGUUGAUUCGUUGGACGCGUUCCAGAAAUACCACGAGCGGUCGAAGGGCAUCGCGUUGACGGACGUCAACGAGCGACCGACGGGAACGAAGGUGUACGCUUCACACAAGAACUGUUUUGCAGCGGUGACAGCGCUCGAAUGGCUUUGUGACUUCACGUCUGUCAUCGGCCGUGAAGAAGCAGCGGAGAUGGCAGCGCAGUUUGUUCGCUUUGGUCUGAUCCAGCUCGUCAGCGAUAAGAGGAAGAACAACGACUCUGCGAUCAUCUUCACUGUUCGGGGCGCUGCAGGAGGCGGGAACUCCUCGAUUGCCGCAAUCGGUGAAUUCCGUUGCACGGCGAAGGCGAUCUACAAAGUAACCGAGGAGGGCUGUCGCCUUGCUCGAUGGGACGGGCCGGACGGUGCUCGGGGAUCACCCAAUGCGUCGUCAUCCAACGUCGCGGGGCGUUCAUCGGACGACCACAGCCUCGACGCCAUUGCGAACGACCCCAACCUCAGCAGCGAGACGAAGCUUCACCGUCGCAUCUCUAUGACGGAGAAGCUGAACCAAAGCUACGACGCGGACAAGAAGGGGAAUCAGAAAGAAAGCAAUACGGAUCGCCUCAAGUACAUCAUCGAGGAGCCACAGCUUCGUUCGUUGUUCCGUGAGUUCCUGCGGAACAACUUCUGCGAGGAGAACUUGUCGUUCUACCUCGACGUCCUCGAUUUCAAGCGGAAGUUCAACAUCACCUCGAGUGCGAUCGCCGCGGCGCCCCCGGUACGGCCUAGUAACCGGGGCACAACGCCGGGUCAGGUCGCGAUGGAGCGCCACCACGAGGCUCUCAUCCAAAAGGCCUUCGAGAUCUACAACACGUAUCUGGCGCCCUCGAGUCAGAACGAGUUGAACAUCGACCACGGCCUCCGGAACGAGCUCUCGGGCUACCUGAGCGACGUCAUCACGAACCUGACAGGCAAGAGCUUCCAGGGGCGGGUCGAGGCUGAGCAGGCGAACGCGUUCAACGCGACGCAGCUCCAGACCAUGAUCAAGCUGUACGAACGCAUCCAAAUGCAUGUGUUCCGUCUGAUGGCCACCGAUUCGGUGCCGAAGUUCAUCAAGACGCCUCGUUUCCUUGCGCUUCGGAUUAAGCUUGACAACGAGGACGAUGGCCCUCUUGCGGACUUCCCAAUGAUGCCGUCGAGCACGUCGACACCGUCGGUGCCACCAGGGCUAAGUGAGGAGGAGGUGGGCGGCGCAUACGUGACAGUAUCGCAGCGGGCGGCUGCACAAGAACGAGCGGACCGUGCGGCGGCGUCAUGA